AAAAACAAAGCCCACAAAGAUGGAAGAUCAGAAGGAGAAGCAGGAAAUCGGAGCCAACCCUUCAGCCUGCAGUAGCGAACCUGCAGCCACAGGAGCUCAGAACCUCACAGAGCAAGGGAAGUAUCCAGGGUCCAGCGGCCUGUCAAUGAAGAGUAGCUGGUCCAAAGGACUACAUCAAGACUUCAGUAAUACACCUGGAACGUUUGACCAAAAAGGUCUGGAGCCCUGGCAGAGGCCAGAAUCUUCAGUAGCCACCUCUAUAUCUAUAAAGAGCAAUUGGUCCAAAGGCUUACAUCAAGACUUGAGUAAUACACCUGGAAAUCCAAACUCAAAAGGGAAAGAGAAGAAGGUUGUUUGUGUAGCGGAGCAGCCGUCCUGCUGUGCUUUGUGUCAGGAUGACCUUAGGGAUCCAGUCUCUACCAGCUGUGGACACUGGCUCUGUAGACAAUGCUUCACCUCAUAUUGUGAUCAGUCUGCAUCAUCUGGACCCUUUUCCUGCCCUCAGUGUGGAGAAAGAUCCAUUAGCAGAGCUGAACUGCAAACAGCCAAUAGGAACAGCUCUGUUGAAGAUGUUGAGCUGCAGGAAGUUUUAGAUAGACAUCGAAACAGUCUGAGGAGAACGUGUGAACGGGUGACUGAAGGAAGUGAUGAACCAGGAAGUAGAACCCUCCUCAACAGGAUCUACACUGAUCUCUACAUCACAGAGGGACAGAGUGAAGAGGUUAAUACCCAACAUGAGGUGUGGCAGCUGGGGACAGCUUCAAAGAGAAGAGCUCUACAUGAUAAGCCAAUUAGGUGCCAAGACAUUUUUAAACCUUUGCUUGACCAAGACAUACUGAUCAGAGUGGUUCUGACCAACGGCGUGGCUGGUGUUGGAAAAACCUUCUCAGUGCAGAAGUUCACUCUGGACUGGGCCGAGGGCUUGGAGAACCAAGAUGUCCGUGUGGUGGUUCUGCUGUCGUUCAGGGAGCUGAACCUGAUCAGAGGUGAGCAGCACAGUCUUCUCACGCUGCUCCAUGUUUUCCAUCCAACCCUCCAGAAGCUCCCAGCAGAGCAGCUGGCUCGCCACAAACUUCUCUUCAUCUUUGACGGCCUGGAUGAAAGCAGACUUUCUCUGGACUUCAGCCACAGUCGGCUGGUUUCUGACGUCACACAGAAGUCAUCAGUCGACGUUCUGCUGACAAACCUCAUCAAGGGGAACCUGCUUCCCUCGGCUCUGGUCUGGAUCACCUCCAGACCUGCAGCGGCCAAUCAGAUCCCUCCUUCAUGUGUUGCCAGGGUAACAGAGGUACGAGGCUUCAGCGACGCCCAGAAGGAGGAGUACUUCAGGAGGAGAUUCAGUGAUGAAGAGCUGUCCAGCAGAAUCAUCUCCCACAUCAAGACCUCCAGGAGCCUCCACAUCAUGUGUGGAAUCCCAGUCUUCUGCUGGAUCACUGCUACGGUUCUGGAGAACAUGUUGACCACAGAGCAGACAGGAGAGCUGCCUAAGACCAUGACUGACAUGUACUCUCACUUCCUGCUGGUCCAGACCAGGAGGAAGAAGAACAAGUACCAUGGAGGACAUGGGAGGAGUCCACAGGAGCUGAUGGAGGCUGACAGGGAAGUUCUCCUGAAGCUGGGGAGGCUGGCGUUGGAACAUCUGGAGAAAGGAAACAUCAUGUUCUACCAAGAAGACCUGCAGCAGUGUGGUCUGGAUGUCACAGAGGCCUCAGUGUACUCAGGAGUUUGUACAGAGAUCUUCAAGAGAGAGAGCGUGAUCUUCCAGAAAGCAGUCUACUGCUUUGUUCAUCUGAGCAUUCAGGAGUUUCUGGCUGCAGUCUACAUGUUCCACUGCUUCACCAGCAGGAACACACAGGUGAUAGAGAGUUUUUUUGGAGAUAAACAGAAACACUCACCUUUGAAUUACUUUCUGAAAAGAGUAAUUAAUAAAUCAUUAACUAGUACAAAUGGUCAUCUGGAUCUGUUUGUUCGCUUCCUUCAUGGCCUCUCUGUGGAGUCCAACCAGAGACUCUUAGGAGGCCUGCUGGGUCAGACAGAGAGUAGUUCAGAAUACAUAAGGAAGGCUAUAGAAAACCUGAAGAGGAUAAACACUGAUGAUAUCUCUCCUGAUAGAAGCAUCAACAUAUUUCCCUGUCUGAUGGAGAUGAACGACCACACAGUUUAUCAGGAGAUCCAAGAGUUCCUAAAGUCUAAGAACAUGAUACUGAAACAACUUUCGGAGAUUAACUGCUCAGCUCUGGCCUACAUGCUUCAGAUGUCAGAGAAGGUUCUGGAUGAGUUGGACGUGGAGAAGUACAACACGUCCAAAGGGGGGAAACUGAGACUGAUUGCAGCUGUGAGGAACUGCAGAAAGGCUCGACUUGUUGAAUGUGAGCUCUCAGAGGUUCACUGGGAAAGUUUGGCCUCAGUUCUGAAGUCCAACCAAUGCUAUCUGACUCACCUGGAUCUGCGUGGGAACACAUUACUGGGUCAAUCUGGAAUGCAGUCCUUGUGUGCUGGACUGGAAAGUCCAAACUGUAAAUUAGAAGUUCUCAGACUAGAAUGCUGCAGUUUGUCAAAGAACAGUGUUGCUGCUCUGGCGUCAGCUCUGAAGUCCAAUCCCUCCCAUCUGACAGAACUGGACCUGAGCAGGAACGAAGAUCUGAAAGAUGCUGGCGUGAAGGAGCUCUGUGGCUUCCUAGAGAGCCCACUGUGCAUAUUGAAUACUGUGAGAUUGAGAUGGUGUAGUUUGUCAGAGAUCAGCUGUGCUUCUCUGGUGCUGGCACUCAAAUCCAACCCUUCCCACCUGAUUGAACUGGACCUGAGCAGGAACUACAACCUGAAAGACGCUGGAGUGAGGGAGCUCUGUGGUUUCCUAGAGAGUCCACUCUGCAAAAUAAAGACCCUGACAUUGAACAGCUGCCAUGUGUCAAAGGUCAGCUGUGUUUCUCUGGUCUCGGCUCUGAAGUCCAAUCCAUCCCAUCUGACAGAACUGAACAUCAGGUGGAAUGACCUGCAAGACCCAGAUGUUCAGCAGCUGCUGGAUCUCGUGAAGAGCCCAGAGUACAAACUGGAGACUGUGAGGUGGCAGUGGUGACCUUCAUAAAGGACAGAGAAGUCACAGUAGAGCCGGAGCUCUAGAUUGCCUGUCUUACCCACAUCUCUCUAUCCCCAGUUCCUCUCUGAUAAGUGUGAAUAAAGGCCACUAGUACCACAAAAUCUUUAAAAAAAAGUGGCAGGUGUCUAUAUUCAUAAAUGUCCACAUACUGGACCUUAUGUCCAGUUUUGCUUUGCAGUAAUGCAGUUCCACAGCAUUGUCUUUGUCUUUAAUUAAAUAUGUGUUAAAAUGGUUACUUAUUAUCAAUGUUUUUUGGUUAUAGUUGCUUAUGAAUCUUUCUUGUAGACAUGUACACCUUAUCAAAAAUGGUUUUCAGUCUUUCAUACUCAGGUUAACUACAGACUCCUCCAGCUCUUACUUUAUGUAAUCUGUAAUAAAGAAAUAACAUAUAUUUUUUUACAUAUACAUUUUUAUAAAAUACAACUUGCAGAUCAUUGUAUCGUGCAUUUAAAACUACAGAAAUUAUGAAAAAGCCUGUCAAACGAGUUACAUUUAUUUCCCUUUCAGGUGAAUAAGCUAAUUUUGAAAUUAAUCCCUGUAGGAAUUCCGUGGAAAAUAUUUAUUUUUGAUAAGUUGUAUUGUACACAUUGUUAUAUGACUUUAUGUUCUUUUGGCUGAUUGUUUUAAUGUAUUUGUUCUUAAAUGUUUUCUUCCCCCCCCC